GGAGUCUUGACACCUGCGUUGAUGGAAUCGCUUCGGGGAUUCUUCCCUUAUGGUGUUGCGGAAGAGAAUUUUUGGCUCAAAUUUUCGAUGGAACGUGAUGGAGCCCAUUUGCCCACGUUGCUGUCGAAAGUUCGGACAUCGAAACACACUAUUUUCGGUGUAGAAACUAAAAGCGGGCAUGUGUUCGGGGCCUUUUGCAGUUCACAUUGGCGGGUACGUCCUUCUUGGUUUGGAUCGGGGGAAUCCUUCUUGUGGAGAUUAAAGGCGUCUCGUGCUGUGCCUGAUUCCACCACUCGAAAUUAUGACAAUGACAACGAAAUGGAGGUGUAUCCGUACACAAGAAGUGACGAAAUGAUUCAAUACUGCACGGAAAAAACAGUGGCUGUAGGGGGAGGGGAAUUUAGGAUCGGUUUUAUGAUCGACGGAGAUUUAAUGGGCGGCGAAACCAGCGCUUGUGCCACUUUUAACAAUCCGAGCCUCGGCGAUCGUAAGUCACGUAGCAACGAAUUCGAAGUAGUCCAUCUUGAAGUUUGGACGGUC